UAGAAAGAGAGGCAGUGGUCUCAGACCCUCUGUAUUCAGCCAAACAUGGCCUUCUUAGAUUUUCUGCCGGAUUUCUCAACUCUUCCUUUUGCCGCCACCUUUGCUUUGGGCUUCUUCAUACUCCUCUCUCUUGGAAGAAUUCUCAUGAAUAAGAGAAGGAGUUCGAAUCUUCCACCUGCUGUUCCUGGUAGUCUACCUUUGAUUGGGAACUUGCAUCAACUGAAAGCUAAGAAACCGCACCAGACAUUUGCUAACUGGGCUAAGAUUUACGGGCCGAUCUUUACCAUCAAAACUGGAAUUUCCACGGUCGUGGUUCUCAAUUCAACAGAGCUUGCAAAAGAGGCCAUGGUGACUAGAUAUUCAUCUAUUUCAACCAGGAAGCUUUCAAAGGCAUUGACAUUACUCACAUCUGAUAAAUCCAUGGUUGCCAUGAGUGACUACACUGAGUUCCAUAAGAUGGUGAAACGAUAUAUACUUACGAGCGUUUUGGGAGCAAAUGCUCAGAAGCGAAAACGUGGUUAUAGAGACACCAUGAUAGAGAACGUCUCAAACCGCUUGCAUGCCGAGGUCAAGGAUAAUCCUCUUCGCACAGUAAACCUUAGAGAAAUGUUCCAGACUGAACUUUUUCGCGUAGCUCUAAAACAAGCUUUGGGUAAGGAUAUAGGAGAUUCCAUUUAUGUGGAAGAGCUUGGAACAAUGCUAUCAAAACGGGAAAUCUUUAAUGUGUUAGUGGUUGAUCCGAUGAUGGGUGCCAUCGAGGUGGAUUGGAGAGAUUUCUUCCCAUAUCUUAGUUGGGUUCCUAACAAGAAUUGGGAAAUGAAAAUCCAGCGGAUGGUUAACCGCAGGUCAGCAGUAAUGAAGGCUCUGAUCCAGGAGCAGAAGAAACGAAUUGCUUCAGGAGAGAAAAUAGACUGUUAUCUUGAUUUCCUGCUGUCGGAAGGGAAAAUGCUGACCGAAGAACAACUGACCAUGUUGGUCUGGGAAGCAAUCAUUGAAACGUCGGAUACUACUCUGGUAACAACAGAAUGGGCUAUUUAUGAACUUGCAAAAAACCCCAAGAAUCAGGACCGUCUAUACCAUGAGAUUAAAGAAGUUUGUGGGCUGCAAAAGAUCACAGAGGAACAUCUGUCACAAUUACCAUACUUGAAUGCUGUUUUCCAUGAAACUCUGAGAAAGCACUCUCCAGUUCCAGUCAUUCCUCUAAGAUAUGCACAUGAAGAUACCCAACUAGGAGGGUACCAUAUCCCUGCUGGGAGCCAGAUUGCUAUCAACAUCUAUGGGUGCAACAAUGACAAAAACGAGUGGGACGAACCUGGAGAGUGGAAGCCCGAGAGAUUUUUAAUACUCAAGAAUGAUUCAAUGGAUCUGUUCAAGACAAUGGCUUUCGGAGGAGGGAAGAGAGUAUGCGCCGGAGCUCUGCAGGCAAUGCUGAUGUCCUGUACUUCCAUUGGUAGAUUCAUACAGGAGUUCCAGUGGAGGCUGAAGGAAGGAGAGGAAGAGAAUGUAGACACAGUUCAGCUCACCACCCACAAACUCAAGCCGAUGGAAGCGUUCAUCACACCGAGAGAUAUAGAAUGCAUGCCAGCAUUGUUAGAAGAGGGAGGGAGGCUUAAACGCAGCGAAAGGUGCGAGGGCAAAGCCUACAUGCACCUCCCUGUGCGUACCUUUACACGUGGCCAUGCGUGGGACAUCCGAGCUGUGCAUCAGGCAGGCCCUGGUGUGAACAUGACCUGGCCCAAAAAUCUGGUCAGUCCAAUCAUCAGGUCGGACAGGUGCAAAACCAAUAGGUGGUUUGUAAAGAAAUUGCCAAUGUCCACAUCAAUGUAUACAUGUGCCCCACCACUUGGUAAGCCGACUGGCUUGAUCUUUUAGGCUGGUCAUUCACAUGAUGUGGUCCGCCUGAUGCAGGACUCACAUUUCACAUCAAUGCAUACAGAGGCUCUUGUUAUCCAACUGCCUUGAUAAGUAUUUCUGUAUUUCGCCUUGUGGGCUCUCUUAAUAAAUUCGCUUGUUAUAUCCAA